AUGAAGACGCGCUUCACUCGAAUGGCUACCUCUGCAGCUGCCAUUGCCAUUGGCAUGGCUCUGUAUGAGGUGUUCCCUGCGUCCCAUGCCAUGCCCACGACCAGCACAGACCUGCACGCUCGGAAUGCCGCCUCGGCUGACUUUGAGGACAUUUACCUGUCCAAGGUCACGGCCAAGAUAUUUGGACAAGAUGCCACGCACUACGACUUCAGUGUCAUCAGCUCCGAGAAGGCCCUCGCCAUUGCAGCUGUGCACGAUUAUGCCGCUGCUUGUGCUGAAGGAAACGAGAACAAGAUUCUGGUCACCUUUGUCAACGCAACCAUGGCCGGCCACUUGAAAGUCGGGCAGGCCGAGGACACUGCAUGGCUUUGUGGAGAACUGGAUGAGGUCAUGCUCCCUCAUGUAAGCCAGUGCGCUCACAUCGAGAAGCGUGACAUUCUCGAGGCACGUUCUCGGUGGAACUGGACCAAGUCAACAUCGCACGUUGCUAGCACUUUUGGAGCCCAAGUCCUCGCCGGCUACCUUGGAAACCUAGCCUGGACAGUCUUUCCCAUCAGCCCCAGAAGCGUCUGCUCUAGCGGGGCUUGCCUUUCGUGGGCUCAACCAAUUGCUGGCUUCACUGGAUACUUCGCCCAACAACUGGUCCAAGAUGCCCUGAGCGCUGCCGAUCUCAACCAUUACAGCGUGGAGGCCUAUCGUGGAGUCAACAACAUUGACAUCUGCAUCAGCAACCGAGCCUCAGGUUGCACUUGA